AUGACUGUGGCGAAGAAGCGGGCUAGCUUCGGAGCUGUGAAGCGCCAGCUACGCGCCUGCCCGGGCGUGAAGUUCGGCCUCAUCUACCCUGCAGGUCUGAGACUGACUUUACCGGAUGGCUCCACGCACAGAUUCGAGGACCUGGCUUUGGGGGCCGAUUUCAUCAACAAGAACGUGAAAGCAGCUGUUGUACUGCAUGGUGUGGAACAAAUGUCUAACAACUCUAUCAACUCUAUCAACUCUAACAGAUCAAACAACUCUAACAACUCUAACAACUCUAACAACUCUUCUAACAACUCUAACAACUCUAUCAACUCUAACAAAUCAAACAACUCUAACAAAUCAAACAACUCUAACAACUCUAACAACUCUAACUCUAACAACUCUAACAACUCUAUCAACUCUAUCAACUCUAACAGAUCAAACAACUCUAACAACUCUAACAACUCUAACAACUCUAUCAACUCUUCUAACAACUCUAACAACUCUAACAACACUAACAAAUCAAACAACUCUAUCAACUCUAACAACUCUAUCAACUCUAUCAACUCUAUCAACUCUAUCAACUCUAACAACUCUAUCAACUCUAACAAAUCAAACAACUCUAACAAAUCAAACAACUCUAACAACUCUUCUAACAACUCUAUCAACUCUAACAAAUCAAACAACUCUAACAACUCUAACAACUCUAUCAAGUCUAUCAACUCUAACAAAUCAAACAACUCUAACAACUCUAACAACUCUAUCAACUCUAACAACUCUAUCAACUCUAUCAACUCUAACAACUCUAUCAACUCUAACAACUCUAUCAACUCUAACAAAUCAAACAACUCUAACAAAUCAAACAACUCUAACAACUCUAACAACUCAAUCAACUCUAACAAAUCAAACAACUCUAACAACUCUAACUCUAACAACUCUAACAACUCUAACAACUCUAACAACUCUAACAAAUCAAACAAAUCAAACAAAUCAAACAACUCUAACAACUCUAACUCUAACAACUCUAACAACUCUAACAACUCUAACAACUCCAUCAACUCUAACAACUCCAUCAACUCUAUCAACUCUAUCAACUCUAUCAACUCUAACAACUCUAACAACUCUAUCAACUCUAACAACUCUAUCAACUCUAACAAAUCAAACAACUCUAACAAAUCAAACAACUCUAACAACUCUAACAACUCUAUCAACUCUAUCAACUCUAUCAACUCUAUCAACUCUAUCAACUCUAACAACUCUAUCAGCUCUAUCAACUCUAACAAAUCAAACAACUCUAACAACUCUAACAACUCUAUCAACUCUAUCAACUCUAACAAAUCAAACAACUCUAACAACUCUAACAACUCUAACUCUAACAACUCUAACAACUCUAUCAACUCUAACAACUCUAUCAACUCUAACAACUCUAUCAACUCUAACAACUCUAACAACUCUAACACCUCUAUCAACUCUAUCAACACUAACAACUCUGUCAACUCUAACGACUCUAUCAACUCUAACAACUCUAUCAACUCUAACAGCUCUAAGAACUCUGACAACUCUAUCAACUCUAACCACUCUAUCAAUUCUAACAGCUCUAAGAACUCUAUCAAGCGCUACGAUGGAGAUUCCAGAACUUGCCGGGCGUUUCUCUCCCAGUGCUUCCUCGUUUUCGAGCUGCAGCCUUCUUCGUUCCCCUCGGACCGCUCGAAGAUAGCGUACAUUAUUACACUGAUGUCUGGGAGGGCACUCGCCUGGGCCACGGUGUUGUGGGUGCAACAAUCCACCGUCUGCUUCAGUCUGGAGGUAUUUGUGGUGGAAAGAUCUAGCUCAUUGGUAGGCAUCAGUACUCUGGUCGGUCUCAAGGAUAAUGUUGCUUCUCCCACUACUCGCCACCCUCUCCAUGCCAAUCUGCAGUGGGUCGACCAGUCCAAGUCUCUCCAGAUACUCAUCGACUAG